ACCAAACCAGUGCACAGCUAAGAAAAACAAAGUACCUAAUAAGCAACCUUCUUCCCAUCAGGCUGGAGUUCAUCAAGGAUCUGAACCUGAAACUGGAGCCUACGAGUACGCAGAGGAGGGAGAGCAACAAGGCUGGCUCCCAGCCCAUCCAAGGCCGAAGCGAGCAACGCUAGAGGAUGGUGACAGUGCGGGAUGAGAUGCGCAAGGGGCCAUGGACAGAGCAGGAGGACCUGCAACUGGUACGCACUGUCCGCCUGUUCGGUGAUCGCCGUUGGGAUUUCGUUGCCAAAGUCUCAGGUUUGAGGGGUGGGAGACCUGCAAAUUAGGUAGCCAAUUUUGCAAGCCCUUGGCACAAAGAUGCAAACAGCAUGCAGUCUCAUUUUUCUCUAACCAGUUCUGUCUUCAUAUGUCACCUUAUCUAUGGUCGUGUAGGCCUUAACAGGACAGGCAAAAGCUGCCGCCUUCGGUGGGUCAACUAUCUCCACCCUGGCCUCAAGCAUGGGCGCAUGUCGCCACAAGAGGAACAUCUUAUUAUUGAGCUCCAUGCUCGAUGGGGUAACAGGUGGUCUAGGAUAGCAGGGAGGCUGCCAGGGCGCACGGACAAUGAGAUCAAGAACUACUGGAGGACACACAUGAGGAAGAAAGCACAAGAGAGGACGACAGACAUGUCCCCGUCGUCCUCCUGCUCAUCGUUUACGUACCAAUCUGGACUCAUUCAGAUUGCACCAAUCACUGGCAAGGAGGAAGGCAGCGCUAGUAAUGGCAGUACCUCCAUCUCAAGUGUGCUUAAGAGCAAUCAGAGUGUCAUGGAUGGAUAUUCCAUGGAUCAGAUAUGGAGGGAGAUUGAGGCACCUGCGAUGCUGCCCAUUGAUGAUAAAGCAUGCGGUAAUCUUGCAUGUCCUCUGCUGCCAUCUCCUGUGGGAGACUGCUACUACUCUGAGGUAGUGUGGAAGAUGGACGAUUACGAUACCAAGAUUUUGGCUCCAGAAAUUGGUUAUGUUACAGGAGGAGGCUCCUGCUAUUGAAAGCUGAAGCCAGAAGGGUGGAGGUCAGAUUACUAAGAUACAUACAUAUGCUUAACAGAAUUACCAGUACCUAUGUAUAUGCUUGCCAGAAUUGCCAGUAACUAUGUUUGCAAUAGUUUGGAUCUCAAUAUUUACAUGUGUACUGUAACAUUACAGAUUUUCAGGUGUGCUCAUGAUGUGUGUGCCUAUCUAGCGUGUAAAAUAGGUUGCCCUUGAUAGUAUACAAGGGCAAUUUAUAUGCAUCAUGAUACAGCGUCAGUCUGCAGUAAUAAAUUUUGGUAAAGCUAUUGGUUUGACAUAAAUGUACAUUGUACACCAUUACGUAUAUGAAUAUAAUAUUCCACCUACGUGGUUCUCAU